AUGCCUCCUCGAUUAAUACUCUCAAGCGCUCUCCGCUGCUGCAAGGCACCGGUAGCGGGCUCCACCAGCUCACUGACAGCCUCGCUCGCUGCAUUGACUCUUCAGUCUCAGCAACAGGUCCGACAUGCCUCGAUUUUGGGCAGCCUCGCCAACAACAAGGGAGCCGUCAAGGAGCGAAAGCGCGUUGGUCGAGGUCCUUCUUCAGGCCAUGGAAAGACGUCUGGACGAGGUCACAAGGGUCAGAGACAACAUGGAAAGGUCAAUGCGUGGUUACAGGGUGGACAGACUCCUUUGAUCGUCCGACAUGGCAAGAUGGGUUUCACCAACCACCGUGCCCCCGACAUGUCGAUAGUUAACUUGGACAAGCUCCAAGACUGGAUCAACCAGGGCCGUAUCGACCCAACAAAGCAGAUCACCCCCAAGGAGCUGAUCGAGAGUCGACUCAUUGGAAGCAUCAAGGAUGGAGUCAAGGUCCUCGCCCGUGGCCCGAAUUGCCUGAAACAACCUGUCGAUAUCAUGGUCUCCCGUGCCUCCGCCUCCGCCAUCGCCGCCAUCGAGGCUGCCGGCGGCAAGGUCCUCACCCGAUACUACACGAAGCUCUCCAUCAGAAGGCUCCUGACUGGCGAGUCGAUCAAUACUGGAGAGCCCCUGCCGUUUGGCAAGGAACACGUGGAGAGGGUCCUCGAGGAGGCCAAGGCGAACGGCUACAAGUACCGACUGCCUGACCCUACCAGCCGUGAGGAUAUCGAGUACUACCGUGACCCCGCGCACCGAGGCUACCUCAGCCACCAGCUCAAGGAGGGUGAGUCGCCAAGUUUGUACUUCAAGGUGCCCGGAAAGCAGAAGAUCAAGAAGGUUGUGACCGAGGAGGACCAGAAGAAGGAGAGAGAGGUGUCUCUAUGGUAG